GUGUGUAUUACACACCACAUGGAGAAUAGGUGAUAAUUAAAUAUUGUUAAUCGAUUUUGACACUUUCCGCUUAACGAUGACAGAUGCCGAGGAAGCGAAAACUAACACUAACUCGAGCCACAAAUUAGAUGAUAAACGAACAGGAAUAUGUUUAAUAAAACCUGAGUAUAUAAUUGAAGGUAGUGUGAGAUCUUCAACUAAUGAUAAUCUAAAAGAAAACGAUAAGGAUAAGAUUGAUAAAGGCGAUUGUGUGGAUAAUGAACCAGAAAAAAAAAGAUUGAAAGAAAAUUAUAGAAAAAAUAAGCCUAGAGGUCAGAACAAAGGUAGAAAGCUACCUUUUAAAACUUUAAGGGAACACAAUCUUUGUCCAUGGAUAGCGAAUCUCACUGUCGACGAAGCUCGUGAAAAUAAUGAAUGUCCAAACGAUGCGUGCGUAUUCAUACACGAGCGAGUGAAAUACUUGGAAAUAAAACCGGAUGAUAUUGGAACCGAAUGUCAUAUUUUUAAAAGUACUGGAAAAUGUCAAAGGGGAGCUUCGUGCAGAUUUGGAUCACAGCACAUUACAAAAGAUGGCUUUAACAUUAUCGAUAAGGAAAAAUAUGAAAUAUAUAAAAAUAUUUCUCCUCGAGUUAAGAAUAAAAUUAGCAAAGAAAUUGUAGAACAAUUAAAAAAGUAUAGGUAUAACUUUACUAAAGCAGAAAAAAUUGGCUCUAAAUACAACUGGAAACCGAAUAAAAUGUUUGAUAAAUCGAGGGAAAUUCAGAAUUUGACUGAAAUGGAAGACUCGGAGAAAAAAGUUGGGCCAAUUAUGGAUACGGAGGAGAUAAAACUGAGAGUCAAGGAGAGGAGAAGAAUAGACUGGAAAGAUAAGGUUAUGCUAGCCCCAUUGACAACGGUUGGCAAUCUCCCUUUUCGCAGAAUCUGCAAGGAGUAUGGGGCUGACAUAACUUGUGGAGAAAUGGCAAUGGCGCCUAGACUUUUGAAGGGCAUGCGAGAAGAGUGGGCCUUAGUUAAAAGGCACGAAUGCGAAGAUAUAUUUGGAGUGCAAAUCACGGGUAACAACCCUGGUGUUUUAACGAGGUGUGCGCAGCUUCUGAACGAUGAAAUUGAAGUGGACUUUUUGGAUUUAAAUCUAGCAUGUCCGAUUGAUCUUGUUUAUAAGCAGGGAGCUGGAUGUGGAAUGUUAAAUAGACCAUAUAUUCUGGAGUCGGUGGUACAGUCGUGUAACGAAGUGUUGGACAUUCCACUUACCGUUAAAACGAGGACAGCUGUUUACGUAGAUGUACCCAUAGCUCACACGUUAAUGCCGAAAUUCAAACAGUGGGGUGUUUCUAUGAUUAAUAUUCACGGCAGAUCGCGCGAACAGAGGUACACGAAACUCGCCAACUGGGACUACAUUGAACUCUGUGCCAAAGAGGCUGAGCCGGUCCCCGUUUACGGUACGGGCGAUAUUCUCUCGUACGACGACUACGCGAGGAUGCGGACGACGUACCCGACGGUCCAUGGCGUCAGUAUAGGCCGGGGUGCCCUCAUCAAGCCUUGGAUAUUUCAGGAAAUCAAAGAACAGAGACUCAUCGACGUGUCCUCGAGCGAGAGAUUCGAGAUGCUCAAGAAGUAUACCAAUUACGGAUUGGAGCACUGGGGAUCGGAUACACGCGGUGUCGAGAACACUCGUCGAUUCAUGCUCGAGUGGAUUUCAUUCCUUUACAGGUAUGUUCCAGUUGGUAUUUUAAAAAAUCCACCUCAGAGAAUGAAUAAUAGGCCACCCUAUUACAAAGGUCGCGAUGAACUUGAAACGCUAAUGGCCAGUCCAAAUUGCGCCGAUUGGGUCAAGUUGUCGGAAAUGUUACUUGGUAAAGUUCCAGAUGGCUUCAACUUUCUUCCAAAGCAUAAAGCUAAUGCAUGGAAUUGAGUUACUAUUGGACAUUUGUACCUUACGCAACAAGAGGAACAUUAAUAUGUAUAUUUUAUAAAAAAAGAAAAAAGAAGAAAAAAAAAUACACUACAAUUUUUAUGUAUUUUUCUUACAUUCUUUGAUAAUUCAAUUUGGUAAUUGAAAAUUGAAAAAGCUUGAAUUUGAUGAUACCGUCGUACAAUUUGACAUUAAACUAUUUCAACGCUUAAAAUUACACAUUCAUUUGUUUAGCAAGAACGUUUCAUAAUUACGCUUAUUGUCAAA